AUGGUGGGCCUGUGUCCUGGGCUGGCCUUAAGCAUCAUGGAGGUGAGGUGCUUGCACCUGCGUUCCCUCACGGAGGCUCUCCUGUUCAUGUGCCCCCAGUAUGACACCGUCCCCAUCCAGCCCAGUGUGGUGUUAUGCUCCUGCCCGCCCCCAUCCAUGGUGAGGAGCCCGAACGACGCCGGCAGCAGGCAGGGCUCCAGCAUGGAUGCUCCCUCAGCGGAGCCUAGGCCCAGCCCCAGCGCCCUCCAGCACCCCGCCCAGCCACCGCCGGCCCAGCCUCGCAAGAAGCGGCCCGAAGACUUCAAGUUUGGGAAGAUUCUUGGGGAAGGCUCUUUUUCCACAGUUGUCCUGGCCCGAGAACUGGCAACCUCAAGAGAAUACGCGAUUAAAAUCCUUGAGAAACGGCACAUCAUCAAGGAGAACAAGGUCCCGUACGUGACCAGGGAGCGGGAUGUGAUAUCGUGCCUGGACCACCCAUUCUUUGUGAAGCUCUACUUUGCGUUCCAGGAUGAUGAGAAGCUGUAUUUUGGCCUGAGUUAUGCCAAAAACGGAGAGCUACUUAAGUAUAUUCGCAAAAUCGGUUCCUUUGAUGAGACCUGCACUCGCUUUUACACGGCUGAGAUGGUGUCUGCUCUGGAGUACCUACAUGGCAAGGGCAUCAUCCACAGGGACCUCAAACCCGAGAAUAUUCUGUUAAAUGAAGACAUGCACAUCCAGAUCACGGACUUCGGAACUGCCAAGGUGCUCUCUCCCGAGAGCAAGCAAGCCAGGGCCAACUCGUUUGUGGGGACCGCUCAGUACGUCUCUCCAGAGCUGCUCACAGAGAAGUCGGCCUGUAAAAGCUCCGAUCUUUGGGCUCUUGGCUGCAUAAUCUACCAGCUUGUGGCCGGACUCCCACCCUUCCGAGCGGGGAACGAGUACCUCAUCUUCCAGAAGAUCAUUAAGUUGGAAUAUGACUUUCCAGAAAAAUUCUUCCCCAAGGCGAGAGACCUUGUGGAAAAGCUUUUGGUCUUAGAUGCCACAAAGCGACUGGGCUGCGAGGAGAUGGCUGGGUACGCGCCGCUGAGGGCCCACGCCUUCUUUGAGUCCAUCACGUGGGAGAACCUGCACCACCAGACUCCCCCGAAGCUCACUGCGUACCUGCCUGCCAUGUCCGAGGACGAUGAGGACUGCUACGGAAACUAUGACAACCUCCUGAGCCAGUUUGGCUGCAUGCAGGUGUCCUCGUCAUCCUCGUCCCAUUCACUGUCGGCCGUGGAGUCGGGGCCGACCCAGCGCUCGGGCAGCAGCAUCGAGCACUACAUCCACGACCUGGACUCCAACUCAUUUGAGCUGGACUUGCAGUUCUCGGAGGACGAGAAGAGGCUGCUACUGGGGAAGCAGGCUGCAGGGAACCCUUGGCAUCAGUUUGUAGAGAAUAACUUAAUACUGAAAAUGGGUCCAGUAGAUAAGCGGAAGGGCUUAUUUGCACGACGGCGACAGUUAUUGCUCACCGAAGGGCCCCACUUAUACUAUGUGGACCCUGCCAACAAGGUGCUCAAGGGGGAGAUCCCGUGGUCCCAAGAGCUCCGGCCAGAGGCCAAGAACUUUAAAACUUUCUUCGUGCACACACCCAACAGGACCUACUACCUGAUGGACCCCAGCGGCAAUGCCCACAAGUGGUGCCGGAAGAUCCAGGAGGUGUGGAGGCGCAGCUACCAGAGCCAGCCAGCCGCCGCCGUCCAGUGA